AUAAAAGUCCGAUAGUUUGACUUGCUUUUUUGUGUUUAUUAUUUUUUCGUUUUCCGUAGAGCAGUCUUGACUGUUUCACUUCCAUCCAUAUUUGCUAAACCUCAAUGACAUAUGUACAUUAUUCACCGUUUAAUAACAAAGUUUGUAGUACUCUAUUAGGACGAUUAUUAUUUCCAUGUCAAUAAUGCAUUAAAGCCAUUGUGUGAAACAUAAAACUCAAAUCCACUAAACAGUAAGGCAUCCAACUAACAAAAAAGUUCAGAUAACCUAGCAAUACUCGACUGAAUAGUGAGCUAAAAUAAAGUCGCAACGUGUUUACUUCCUUACGAAGAACGCCUCCAUUCACUAGACCUUUACCCAUUAGAGUAUAGGCGUCUUAGAGGUGACUUAUUAAUGGCUUAUAGUAUUCUAAACACUUCUGGACAUCCUCUUAAACACCUACUUGAGCUUAGUUCGAAUAAUAACCUAAGGGGUAACACCCAGAAACUGGAAACACAACAUAGCAAGACGGGAUGUAGACACAACUUCUACUCCUUAAGAGUUGUCAAAAUCUGGAAUUCGCUGCCAGCCGAGCUAGUCCAAGCGACUUCUCAGGAGUCCUUCAAGAGGCAACUUGACCUAUUCUUAAGGAACAAGGACAGCAUCACACUAUGAUUUACCAAUUUCUUUUCCUCUUUUAUUGUUAACAUACCUAGGUUCCUGCCUGGAGGAUUUGGUGAUCCCCUGCUACUAGACACGGAAGCCUGUUAAGCGAAAGCUUCUUCUAUUCCGUCCACAACCAUUUGAACCAUUUGUAAAUCUUAUAAUAAUAGCUUAAUGUAAAGCUAAAUGAUUUUCAUUAGUUAUCGGUAAUAACAUUGCAAUAAUUUUUUAUCGUUAUUUUAUUUUGUGUUUAUUUGCUGAUGCGCAGAUGAUAGUUUGUUAAUUUUCAAAAGCAUUCAGAAUCGGAAUUUAUGAGACGUAAAUACUUUUUAUUGUAUACUUUUAAUAUCUGUUUGACUGUUUACCUGUCACUGUAGACUGUUUUUAUGGCUAGUGGUAUUCCACACAAUUUUAACAUCAUUUACUAUCAGACGUAUUGUUUUCAAAAGUAGGUCAGUAGUUAUUACAACGGACGAGACCACAUCAUUCCGGCGUUCAACAACUAAAAUUGGAUUGUCCUCACUGACCCCAUUUUCAGUUAUAAUGUUUAUUAUUUCAGAGACCUAGCAUGGUGUGAAAAUUUGAAACACAGAUAUAUUCACUGAGAACCUAAGAAAGCCGAAUGUUUAAGGUUUCCUUUCAAUUUCAUAGUCAUUCAUUGUAUACACCGAUAAAUCUUUUCGGCUUCUUCUACUGACAUGCAUACACGACUUGUAAUUAUAGCUGCUGCCAUUUAUUUUACAAAAUGGAAGAUACCUUUGGAAAAAUCGUGGCUCGAAUACUAGAUACUGAAAUAUCUAAAACAUGUAACAGGUGCCUAUACCGGAAAUAAAGUGGAAUUCGUUCAAACUGGUCUAAAUGAGUUUGGGUUUUAUGUGGCCAAUUGUUGGGCAAUCACAUUUUUUAAUUUUUAAAACUGAUUCUGCGGCUCAAUUCAAGUAAACAGAUGUGCAGCAUUAUUCUGAUACACUAUUUCAAGUAUGUCUGUAAGUAAUUAGGUUUCAGAAUAUUAGGUGACAAAUUAUCUGUUCUGUUGCGUUAAAAAGAAAAGCAAACGAGUAUAUUGUAUGUCUGUUGCUCUCAACUCAAAUCCUCAGUCGGCUUGUCAAAGUGCUGUUGUCCACUUUGCUGUAUGAGAUUAUGACUAGUAUUUUCUAACCUUCGUGCUUAAGAUAAGUCGAUAUGUUUCUUAAAACAAUUUCGCAAAUUGUCAAACGAACAGAUAAUUCAGUUUAUUUUUAAGUAUUUUAGGUGUUUUAUAAUGUUUAUCACUGAGGUAAAUCACAUCAGUAUAUUUAUUUUGUUAAACGACAAAUAUUCUCCAUUCGUCUAAUUGUUUUUGAUUUCAGCUGGCAAAAAUAUGGAACACCACACACUGCUUCCACUAAUAAUCAUUGUGUGUUUAUGCCAAAGAUUAGAAACAUCUUUUUACCUUAGAACAAAAAACAUUUGCAGUAGUCGUGACAAAGUUUCCAUUAUCGGUGGGGAACAAAGACGUUUAGUUACAGAAGGAGGUCGGGUAACACUAAUAUGUUGUGUACCAGGUAAAAGUAAUGGUCAUGAUCAUGAGCAACUUGUAUGGAAUAGCCCGGAUGGAAAAGAAUUAGUAAACUAUUUUUCUAACCCAAUAUCUGAUAAUCAACACACUGCAUAUUCUGUGCCUGAUUUUCACUCAAAAGAUCACUUGAUAACUAUGAUGGUUAUUCAGAAAUUCCAAGCCAAAGAUAGUGGCCAGUAUACAUGUCGAAACACACACCCUAGUUCUACAGCCCUUCCAGCUAGUGUCUUUGUAGAUGUCAGACCUAGGCUUUUGGCAGACUUCAUUCCAUUACCCCCAUCUAAUGUAGAGGAUUCUGGUUCAGCAGUUGUGGCUGGUGUUGCAGUGUCUGUCGCUCUUGAAGAAGGACGAAGAGGAGAAAUAAAAUGCCGAGUUAACUCACAACUUAAUCUCGAUAGUGUUCAACUUACGUGGUUUUUUCAGGGUCGUCAACUGAUUACGCCGUCUAUCGUGAUGAAACAAAUAGGACAAAAGAAUUUGUUUAAAGUCAAUAACACUAGCCUUGAGAACCCUCUUACUGAAAUCGAAAAUCCUGAUAUUUUCCCACCAUCCUCACAUGAAAGAAAUUUUGCAUCAGGGUCAAACCAACUGUUUACCGAGCAACUAAACCGCCCUGUUGCCCUUGAUCCUGAAGAAUUGGGUAUACAAAUUUCUCAGAAUGGACAAAUACUAGAUAUUUCGAGAGUGGAUACACGUCAUUCAGGAAUAUUUUUAUGCAAGGCAGAAACUGUUAAUCCAACAUGGUCACCACAAAAUUCAGAAUACGAUUCACGCUUAUACGAAAGUGGAGUCGUAACUUCACCUUUCUUGAUACAAAUCCAAGCCAUUCGUGGCAUAGUUUAUUCACGUCCACGUUUACUCCCGGGAAGCCCCAUGGAAGUAUUCUCUACAACUGAUUCAGAUGAAUCACAGUUGGUGGAUCCAUAUAAACACUUUGUUAACAAGCGUCAGGAUGAACAGAGAUUAGAUACAUUUCAAGGUUCAUCCAGUUAUUUGCAAACUGUCUUGCCUUUAUGGCGUGGUAGUGAUAAAGAGAAAGAAAAGCCUAUUAUGACAAAUGCAAGAAAGAUAGUUCAGGAAGGUGGAAGACUCAUAUUAGAAUGCCAAGCUCGUGGAAGACCGAGUCCCCAACUACUCUGGUAUAGAGGUGGUAUGGGAUCUUCAACAACAAAUAGUUCUCAGGCUAUUACAUUCGACCAACGGAUCAAGUCAGCAUUACAGCACUUACCUUUGGAAGAUGUACAACGAGAACUGGGAAUUCUUAUCGCUGACUUCGAUCAUCUUUUUCCUGCUGUAAUUAACAUGGUAAAUAUAUCAAAUGAAGUUACAAACAAAGCACCUGAAAAUCCUGGAAGCAUUCACAGAAAAGGAAUACAAACACAUGAAUUAGGUCGUUUUCAGUUGUCUACUGGUCUUCGAAAAGAUGACCGGGGAGACCCCGUUAUAGCAAUGUCACGCCUAACAGUCAAUAACUUAAUGCCUUCAGAUGCCACUCGUUAUACUUGUCUUGCCCUCUUGAAUUUGAAUUACUAUGGUGGGGCUGGAAAUUUUACUGAUGUUGGGAGCAUUCUUCCUGAUGUUGUUCUCAGACCCAGAUUUGUUCGCUCAGGAACUAAUUUGAAAGCCAGCGGAUAUCCUGGAGAAAGUUGCAGGCUAACAUGUGAAGCAUACGGCGGUCUUCCAAAUGAAAUGGGUCUACGGGUUCGGCUUUUAAAAGGUCCUGGUGUCAACAAACUAAUUUCUUCUUUAUCUUAUUCUAUGUAUUCAGAAAAUAAAAAUCCUAUGUUUAAAUCGUAUGAAGAUCUUCCUGAACCUCAGUCAGUUCAUUCUUCAUACACCAACCCAAUGUUUAAUCAUAAAUCAUUCGUUAAAGAUAACGAAUUAAAUGACUGGUUUCCAUCUGAUACAGAGUACACAAGUUUGUUGACUGGAAAUGGCAUGAGCGAUAAAUCAAAUAACAGUGAUUUUAUUGAAAUUGUCAAACCUGGUAUGAAUCCUCGAUAUCACUUGAAAGUUGAACCAGAUCCGCGAAAUCCAUACGCAACAAUUUUACGUUUGGAUAUUACAGAUUUAACACCAGAAGAUAAUUCAUUUUAUUUAUGUGAAGCACUCUCCGGACCUCAUUGGCGAGCAGUUACUCCUACAUCAUCAGAACCGCCUGGGAGAGUGACAGUUUGGUUCGCUCCACCUGCCGCAGAGCCUCGACGUAUUAGUGAAAUAUCAGACCGAUUGGAUGCGGAUGAAAGUGAAACACUGUCUCAACCUGGCAAAUAUGUUGUUUAUGGUUUAUCUCAUUUACCUUCUAAAAUAGCUUGUCAAGCACUAGGACAACCAACACCUCAAUGGAAAUGGGUGGGACCACAAAGUGGACCAAGUGUACCAUUAGGUGAACUGAAUGAUCCGAAAGGUUAUAUUAAAAUGGACUAUCAAGACGGUGAAUAUUCUGUAACUGAAUUAACUGUUCCUGCUGGUUAUUGGAAUGUCGGAGUAUUUGGUACUUAUUCAUGUACUGCAACCAAUAGAUUAGGCCAUGCUACUGGGCAUGUUCGACUGCAGCUAGCUAGCCAUCCUGGUAGACCAGCUUUAAGAGCUUGUAGAGUUGAAGCAACUUUAAUUGAAUUGUGUGUUGAACCUCCAAAUGAGACAGGUGGUUUGCCACUAACUCAUUAUGAAUUAAGAAUCCAAACUCAUCCACGUGGUGCUUUUCAUGGGCCUUUCGCUUAUCUUCCUGGUCGCAGAGUGCUGAGAUUACCUAAUCUUAUUCCAGGUUAUUACUAUAGAUUUGCUCUGUCAGCCGUAUCAAGAGCAGGAAGAGGACCAAAUGCGUAUUUACAGGUUACAACUAAUCGAUUAUCUAGACCUGUACUUAAACUACUUGCUUCUCAGGAUUAUAUUAGUCCCACAGGAUAUAAUGUUCAUUGGAAUACAGAAACUACAAACGGUAUGGAUAUCAAUCAAUAUAAUAUCAAUAUAAGACCAGUAGAAGUUGAUUAUUCCAUGGGUAAGUUUAAUAUUUUCUCCAUAGCACACAUAAAGGCUAUGUAUGAUCAUUGUUAUUUUUAUUAUUAUGUAAAAUAA